GAAUAUCCCAUCAAGCCUUAUCCAUUGUUAUCGCACAAUAAUCUACAGGGUCCUUCCAGGGCUCAACCGCUCAUCAAGCUUGAAUUUCCCAGCGUCGUAAUCAAAUAAUUUAUAUCGAGGACACAAAGUAGCCAGUCACCCCAAUUCCAGGUAUGCACAAAGCAGAAUACGAAUUCUCCCUCAGAUACCCAGUGUAGUUGUUGUAUUACACACAAGAGGAGUACGUACCUUAAUAUAACAUAAUUUUUGGUCAUCAUUCCUUGGUACCGAAUCUCAGCCAAGGGGGUUCGGGUAUCGAUGGCAUUUGAUACUACAUAGGUAGGGGAAGCAAACCAAAAUUGGAAGUUAUCAGAAUGGCAGCUUUUCCAAAUCAUUCUCAAUACACCCAUUCGACGCGCGAUCAUUUUAGAGAACCGCCUUCGAUCUGGAGAAGGUUAUUAUUGGUUUUACCGACGGAUCUGGCCGUGGCUUUGCAGAGGAUGGCAGACCAACAGAACUUCAAUGCGGUCGGGGGGAAGACGUCGAGAAUACCGAGAUUAGUGAGGGGGUGGGUGAGAGAUUGGAGCUGGAGACGAGCUCUUAGUUUACCGCAUUUGUUGGUGUGUGUUUGGGUGGUCGUUUUGUUGUCUGGAGAGCGUUGGGUUUUUGAGGAAGCUGUGCGAGCUUGUGCGUGGGAGGAAUGGGAGAGAUGGCCUCCAAAUACUACGCCGCACCACUUAAUCUUUCUGGCAGAUCCUCAAUUGACGGAUCCGCAUUCAUAUCCUGACAGGCCAUGGCCGCUGUCGACUUUUACGGUAUGGCAUACGGAUAACUAUAUGAAGAGGUCUUAUAUACAACUUUCGAAACAAUUACAUCCAGAUACUAUAUUCUUCUUGGGGGAUUUAUUUGACGGAGGAAGAGAAUGGAAGACCGCGCAUGGAAAUUCAGAAGAUCAAGCAUGGGCAAAAGGAAGACGACCAGCAAAAGAGCAGAAACACUUGGAGAGUUGGGGGAAAAGAUACGGAGAGGACUUUUGGCUGAAGGAAUACGGUCGAUUCUCUAGGAUCUUCUCGGACAAUUGGAAUCUAGGAGGAACAGAGGCUGGAGUUGGGCAGAGAGGACGAAAGCUCAUCGCAAGUCUACCAGGAAAUCAUGAUUUGGGUUUCGGCGCACAAAUUAAGGUGCCAAUUCGUGAUCGAUUCGAGGUUUACUUUGGAGAUGUAAACAGAGUGGAUGUCAUUGCAAAUCAUACCUUUGUUUCUGUGGAUUCGGUAUCGUUGAGUGCUGGAGCAUCAGAACGCCCAAUUAGUGAAACUGCACCUAUCACCAAACCAGUUGAGGAAUUUCUAAACAAUGUCCAAGUCUCCAAACGAAAAGCCGUGGCUAGAGAAUUGGACUUUCAGGCUGGAAAGGAAAGAGCUAUACAAUAUUCUCACUCAGUUCAGGAUGUUGAAUUGGCAGAUUACGCACACUUACCAACUCUUGAUCCUGGACCAAAUGGUGCUGAAUUUCCUACCAUUCUCCUUACUCAUGUACCGCUCUAUCGAAAUCCUGGAACUCCAUGCGGUCCUCUUCGAGAACAUUGGCCACCAACUCCGCCUCCAAAGGGUCAGACCAUGCCAGUCAUACCCGAUCAUAGAAAUGCCAUUAGUGUAUCCAAAGGAUACCAAUACCAAAAUGUUCUCGGCGAUGAUGACUCUAAAAAACUAAUCUCGAAAAUUGGCAAUGUAGUUUCUGUCUUCUCAGGCGAUGACCAUGAUUAUUGCGAAUUGGUACAUCCAGAAGACAAAAAUCACGCCCGAGAAAUCACAGUCAAAAGUAUGAAUUGGGCAAUGGGAAUUCGAAAACCCGGGUUUCUCAUGCUAAGUAUGUGGAAUCCAGUUGGUGCGGAUGGAAAACCUUUACAUUCGGUUCCUACAGGUCACGGGGCUGAGAACACACAUACUUCCACGACGAUGGAAUCGCAUCUUUGUCUAUUGCCGGACCAAAUUGGUAUUCUCAUAAAUUAUGGCAUUUUGGUGGGGAUCUCACUUCUUCUCUUGAUCAUUCGAGCGAUUCUCGUGCCUUUUACAAAUCUUACCCCUUUCGCUCUUGAUUCAAAAGGAUCUUCUUCGGGCCCGGGUAGUCCAAUCGAUUCCGAAUUCUCGCUUUUGCCAACUAGCAUCAAAGAUCUCAAACGCGAAGAUGAAGAGGAAAAGGAUCGGAGGAGUGAAGGGAAUUCCUCAACUUCGAGUACGGCUACGGUUAAUAAUGUCGCAAGUCGUACUUCUCGAACGAGAACCUCGAGUCCGGCGAAUGGAUAUGGAUUACCGGGACAGGGACAGGGGUUUUCAAAUGGAGUUCCGUAUCAACAGGCUCAGCCGUUGAUUGAAAAGGCGGGAUAUUAUGGGGGGUUAGAGGGGAGGAUUAGGUGGGAAAGUGAGAGGGAAUUUGAGAUGGAAAUGGAAAGGGAGAGGAAGAGGAAAGUGGAAAUAGAGAGGAGGAGGAAUUAUAAACCUUGGAGGAUAGUGGCCUGGUGGGGCGGAUUUAGAGCCACGACAAUGGGAAGAGUACUAAGGGAGGUGGGGUGUAGUGUUUGGCGAGUGUUGUGGGUGGUUGGCGCAGUUUUCAUGUGGUUUACUUGGUUUGGUUAGGGGGUUGUGUGGCUAGGUAACUGAGGGGAUCGGAAGAGAGGCUUUAAGUUGUGUUUUCAUCAUGUUUUUGGCUGUUUGGCAGGCGUAUUGGUCGUGGUGCAUCUAAGGCGUGUCUGCUUGCUUGCUUGCUUACUUACUUGUGUGCUUUAUACUUUAUCCUUUCUACCUUCACCUUUACUUCUACUUGUACUUGAGCAUGGGCUCAGGCUCAGGCCUUUUCUCUUUAUAAAAUAAAAACAAGCUUCGUACUGCGUCGCUUGCGUCGCUAGCGGUUGAUUGGUUGCAUUGGGAUACGGUGGUGGAUGGUGGGAUAAGCUGAUCUGAUUCGGUCUGGGUUAUGGAUGGAUGGAUGGACGGAUGGAUGGAUCGUAUCUUGCUGGAAGGCCGGAAUUCAAAAAUUGGGUAUGAAAGGACAAAGAGGGAAAGUAAGAAGGGCAUUGCUUUUGCAGUUAGCGCUUGUGUGUUAUGUUGAUGGGCUAGCUACUGUGUAGUAUGGUAUGUAGGUAGCUGUUGAAAAUGAAGAUGGAAAUGGAAAUGGAAAUGGAAAUAAAUAACAUGAUUAUGAGGCAUGAAAGGAAACUGUUCA